GUUUCUCCUUAAGAUGAUUGAUUACUUUUUAAAUAAAUCUUGUAAAAAUCAAGGAAAGAGCUGCAAGAAAUCUAGAGAAUCAGGGAAGAAACUCAAAUCUGUUAAAACUACUAAAAGAAAGGAGCCUUGUGAGUUGGAGAUUCCAGAGAGGAAAGUGCACCAACUAGAAUCUACUACAGAGGCAAAACAACUAUUAGAUUUUGAUGCAGAAAAGUUGACGACAAGUUAUAAGCCUCCUUUGAAGCAAAUGAAAGUCUCGAGCUACUUCCAAAAGGAGGAGGAGUUCAAGGCAAAACCGUCCAGAGUAACAAUGAAGGAGGAUUCAGUACAGGCAAAGUCCAAGGAGCAGAGUGUGCGAAGAAAAGAGAAGCAAUCAAAAGCUAAUAAAAAUAUUGAAAGAGCAAAAAUAGUAAAGGAAGUCGGGAAAAUAUCUGCAGAAGCAAAGCCCCCAGAGAAGAAUCAAGAUCAGAGUGCCAGUUUGGAAAAUCUACAGUCGAUAAAUCUGUCAAAAAAGAAUUUGUUCCUGACAAAACAUUGCAAACCCUCAAAGAAGAAAGAUGCAACACAGCUAAAAUCUAAGGAGCAGAGCGCGAAAACAAAGAGAAAACAAAGAAGUAAGUUUUGCGCUUUAAUGAUAUCCUCAUGA